AUGAAGAGCUUCGGGUCAUCUCUCGCCUUGUGGGCGGCCAUCUUCUUGCUCCUGGGCUUUGGCGAAUCUCUGCUCCUCCCUCAGGACGCCCGGAACAAUCUUGGAAAACGUGGACUGGCAAGAUUUGUCUUCCGUGGCGAAACCGGCAGAACCGACCGGGACGUGGAAAAGGCCGGCGGUAUUUCCUCGAGAGGCUUUGAGAAACACGCGAGGGGCGAGCUUUCCAAUGAGGAACUCGAAAAAGGCUGCAGCUUAUUCUUGCAUGCCCAGGGGGUUUCGCCGACCAAUCCGAAAUACAAGGAGAAUACACAAUAUGUUUCAACGUCGCCAAACCCGGCGGAUGCAAUCACCUUUGCCUACGACCGCGGUGACCCAACAAAGCCCGGAUUCAUGUACGUCAUAGCCGUUGACGAAAAGAUGAUCGACGUGGGUGCAACUCUUGGCAACCUUGCCUUCAAAUCGCAGACCGAGUACGCAGCUGUGGGGGCGAUUCCACACAGCCAGAUCGUGGGCCAUUUUAGAAUAACGGCAAAGGAUUUCGAUCCAGGUCUUUCAAAGAAGCUGCAAGACGGCAAAUACCUGCAUCAGCUGGUCGACGGCAAAGGAGUCGACGGCUUUCAGAAAAACCCGCGCUUUGAUCGGAAAUUCCUGUCCAGGCAAAGCAGUGGCGCACAGCCUCAACUCGCCGGGAUUCCCGCAGACAACUCAGCAUGGAAUCAGAAGCCAUGGAAUCGGAAGCCGCUAAAGGAUUACAAGGGCAAGUCGGUGGCCAACUUUCUGGGGAACUUUGUUUGGCAGAAGGUCUGCCGGCGAGACCAAGUUUGUGACCAGAGAUUCCGGUUGCCUCACGAGUGA